UGCAGCGCGGCGUAGUUUGAAUGGCGCCGGCUCGGCAGAGUGGGCCUCGGCGCUAAGGACUUUCCCCAUCGCCCAGCCCCGGCGGCUUCCCUUCGAGGCCUGGCUAGCAGGACCACCGGCGCAGGAUCAUGAGAAGCAGCAGAAGACUUGUAUGCAUCUGUCAAAAGCAGAGGAAGGAGGACUUCAGAUGACUGAUACUGAUAGAAAGGAUUUUGGAGAUUAUGGCAUCUGAAACCCAAAAUGCUAGAAAACGGAAUCUGUUGUGCAUUGAGGGUUGUUCUGUUGAUCUCCCCAGAAAAAAAAGCUCUCAUUCCAUUAAGGAGAACAUGAAGGAGGGUAAGAAAUCUGUGAAACAUUUGGCUUCUUGCACCAGCAGAACAACAGUUGGACAAACUGUGACCAGCCCGCAUCCUCUGUUCAAAGUAGUAUACUGCAGGAAAAAAGUUCACUAUUAUUCUCCGAAGCCUUGUUUCAGAAAGAAACAGCUCCCCAAAGUCAGGAGCCGUGACAUGGCAAAUAAGGAAAAUGAACUGGCAUGUGCAGGUAAUCUGCCAGCAAAACUCCCUGCUGAUGGCCGUACAUUCUUACUGAACUCCAGUGAUUCUGGCCGAUCUCAAACGGAGAGUCCUUCAUCAAAAUACAGUGGGUUUUUCUCGGAGGUUUCUGAAGAUCAUGAUACAAUGGCACAAGUUCUCUUCAGUAGAAACCUCCGGCUGAAUGUAGCUUUAACCUUCUGGAGAAGAAGAAGUAUAAGCGAACUCAUAGCCUAUUUAGUAAGGAUACAAGAUCUGGGUGUAGUGGUAGACUGCCUUCCUGUUCUUACCAACAGCUUACAGGAAGAAAAACCGUAUAUUUCUGUUGGCUGCUGUGUAGACCUUCUGCCAUUAGUAAAAUUAAUGCUUAAAAGCAAAUUUGAAGAAUAUGUUAUUGUUGGUUUAAAUUGGCUCCAGGCUGUGAUUAAAAGAUGGUGGUCAGAGCUCUCUGCCCAUACAGAAAAGAUAGAGGAUGGAAAUAUUCAGAUUUUAAAGGAACAAUUAAGUGGACUGUGGAAACAAGAAAGUCAUCUUACAUUGGUUCCAGGAUAUACGGGUAAUAUAGCAAAGGAUGUGGAUUCUUAUUUAUUACAGCUACAAUGACAUUCCUGGAGAAAAAAGUGUGUGCACUAGUGUGUGCUGCCUAAAAAAGCAAAGCAAAACAAAAACUUCAGGUAACACUGAACUUUUUACCAUGUCCAGAAGUACUUCUCUUCCAAGAACUGUCUUUGACAGAAGAGGAUGAGAUCAUCAGACUGUUUAAUGCAACCACUAAAAUGCAUCUGCUUCACAUUGAAGUGGGGGGAAAAACUAAUAGGAGCAACUUUUACUUCAGUGAGGUGAAAGUGCCCUAUGAAAACUGUAUGUAUACCUUAGCUGCAUUUUGGAAUUUGUUCAGUUACCUGGCGAAGUUGUGAAAGUGUUUCUACUGCGUAAUUAUGUAAAACAGCAAAACUUAAUUGUGAACACAAAUUCCAGAAAGCUGGGAACCACAGAGUAGUCACCAUACAUAUUUUUUAAACUUUGUUUUUCAUAUGCAAUGUAAAAAUGUGUUUAUAGUCAAGAAAUAUUGAAAUUUUGCAGUUUUGCUGUAAUGAAUUUUUGAAAUGUGUGUGCUAUAUUAAUCAAGAUAUUAAAGACUAUUUUUGUUGCACUACUGAGAAACUAUAUAUAGAAAGAGGCCUUAACUACUAGUAUUGUAAAUAGCCAAUAUAUUAAGAUACCAUAUAGCCAAUAUAUUAAGAUACCAUAUACAGUAUAGUAAUGGAAACUCUUAAAAAAAUCAGGGUGUUUACACAAAUUGUGUACAAAUCAUUUUGAAAUAUUUUGCACAGUUAAAUAAGGUUAAGUGGAAAUAUCCACUGACUGACUGACUACUUAAAUCCCUGUAUGAACUAUUGUAAACGAAUACUAAAAUGUAGGCAUGAAGUUGUUGAUGACACAGGUCAGCAGAAUUGUUGAAAAUGUAUACUUUGCAUUUUUAGUUAUUAAAAGUUCUAAUAUAUUAUGUUCUAUAUCAUUUAAACAACACUCUGUUGAGUAAACAAUACUAAAAGUUAUUAUUAUUUUAAUUUAGUUUGGAUAUCUCCUAGGUCUCCCACCAUAUUCAGAAUCUCUUUGGCUGUAUUUUAAAUAUUUAUCAGUCCUGUUAGAAAUCUUUACAGCCAUAGCAAGCCUGCGCGUUUCAGAUUUAACAAUACAUCUGCUACCUCUUCUAGCAAAUGUAGUUGCCAUUUGGCCAUAUUUCUAACUUAUCGUUUAAACUUAACUGGAAUAUGAAUACAGUGCAUCCAGUGCAAAAGUUUACAUCUGUACUUCAUUUUACUAAUUUGUCAUAUUCUGUUUCAACCUGUUGUGGCUUACCAGUAUAUUAAAAAGAACAAUUGAGUUUGAUGGGUUUGUGGGAUGGCACCAGUGUAACUAGUAAAUAUGUCAAAAUAAAACUUAUUAAGUGCCAGUUGUGCACUAAAACAAA